GAGGGACCAGUUUCGACAACGACUUCCGUAUUUAUAUCAGUAACACUGACGGCAUGACCUCAGCGGAAGGAAACACCUUUUAAACACCGACUUUCAACUUUUGUAUCCUUCCAACUUGUAUCAGCAUUUAGCAACUGUCUUGUUUGUAUAGCGCUAAAAUAGCUCUUGAAAGGUGAGCGCUUUACAAAGAUUGUUUGUAUUUGUACUCUGUGUCAUUGACAAGGAGAGACAAAGUCUGCCAUUGUACUUCCUGGUUAUAUAGGCGACUACAGUACCCAGCAACAAGUGUCAUUUGAGGAGACAGUUCAUGGAAAACUGAAGUAAAGAAAACCCUCUGAACACGAACGUUUUCCCCCUGAGAACCAAAUUACCCCUCAGAAGAUAACCCAUUACGAUUGAGUGAAGAAUGCCUUCUGGGGUGUGUGGCUGUUGCGGUCCUCUGCGCCCUCGAUACAAGCGCUUGGUGGACAACAUAUUCCCGGAAGACCCGAAAGAUGGAUUGGUUAAAUCUGAUAUGGAGAAGCUGACCUUCUAUGCAGUUUCAGCUCCAGAGAAGCUGGACAGAAUUGGAGCCUAUCUGGCAGAGAGACUGAGCAGAGAUGUUGUCAGGCAUCGCUAUGGAUAUGUUGUUAUUGCAAUGGAGGCUCUGGAUCAGCUUCUGAUGGCUUGCCAUUCCCAGAGCAUUAAACCUUUCGUCGAAAGCUUCCUUCAUAUGGUGGCAAAGCUGCUGGAGUCUAGGGAACCAGACUUGCAGGUUCUUGGAACUAAUUCAUUUGUCAAGUUUGCAAACAUAGAAGAGGACACCCCUUCUUACCACCGACGCUAUGACUUCUUUGUCUCCCAGUUCAGUGCCAUGUGCCAUUCCACUCAUGAUGACCCUGACACAAGAACUAAGAUCCGAAUUGCUGGUAUCAAAGGGCUGCAGGGAGUGGUACGUAAAACAGUGAAUGAUGAGCUGCAGGCAAUUAUUUGGGAGCCGCAGCACAUGGAUAAGCUGAUCCCCUCAAUGCUGUUUAAUAUGCAGUGCGCCGAGGAUUCAGACAGGAUUGGCGCACCCACCACUCCCUCAGACGGCGACAAAGAUGAGAACCCGGCUACUUUGGCAGAAAGCUGUUUCAGGGAACUGCUUGGAAGAGCAGCUUACGGGAACAUGAAUAAUGCAGUCAGGCCUGUGUUGGUGCAUUUAGACAACCAUCGGAUUUGGGAGACAAAUGAAUUUGCAGUAUCCUGUUUUAAGAUCAUAAUGUAUUCAAUACAGGCCCAGCACUCUCAUCAUGUGAUUCAGCAGGUCCUGGGUCACCUGGAUACUCACAACAAAGACUCCCCUCGAGUCAGAGCAGGCAUUGUGCAGGUCCUUCUGGAAACAGUUGCCAUUGCAGCCAAAGGCUCCAUAGGUCCUACAGUUUUGGAGGUGUUUAAUACUUUGCUGAAACACCUGUGCCUCAGUGUGGAUUUUGAAUUGGGGGACAGACGCAACUCUGCCAGCAGUGUCAGCACGAACUCCAAGGAGAAUGAAGAGAGGAUAGUACAGAAUGCAAUCAUACAAACAAUUGGCUUCUUUGGUGGGAACCUCCCUGACUACCAGCGCUCUGAGGUCAUGAUGUUUAUCAUGGGGAAGGUCCCUGUUUUUGGAUCACCUUGUCACACACUGGAUACCUCCAAUAUUGGGGAUCUUGGAACCAAACGUAUUCAGGUCAUGCUGUUCCGUUCACUGAUAAUGGUUACUUCAGGUUACAAGGCAAAAACCAUAGCUGCGGCCCUUCCUGCCCCAUUCCUUGAACCUUUGCUUUCCAUUUCCCUGAUGGAGGACAAUGAACUUCGACAGUUAGUGCUGGAGAUUCUUCACAAUCUAAUUGAUCGUCAUGACAACAGGGCAAAACUGAGGGGCAUAAGGAUCAUCCCAGAUGUUUCAGCCCUUAAAAUAAAGAGAGAGAAGAUUUCCAAACAAGAUGUUAACUUCAUGAAAAAGCAUGGGCAGCAGCUGUACAGACACAUCUACUUGAGUUGCAAAGAAGAAGAUAAUGUUCACAAGAACUUUGAAUUACUCUACACUGCCCUGGCUAUCCUUACUAUAGAACUGGCCAAUGAAGAAGUGGUUAUAGACCUGAUUCGUCUGGCAAUUGCUUUGCAGGAUAUGGCCAUUAGCAAUGAGGAAAACCUGACUAUGUUUAAUCGGUGUGGUACUAUGGCCCUGGUGGCUGCUUAUUUGAAUUUCCUAAGUCAGAUGAUUGCCAAUCCUCCUUUCUGCCAACAUGUAAACAAGGUGAUUGAAACAAGAAACCUGGAAGCACCUUAUCUGUUGCCAGAGAACGCUCUUAGGGAGAAAUACACGCUGCCCAAGUCUUUGGAAAAGCACGAGAAGAAUGUGUUUUUCCUGACUAACAAGAUUGCUGAAUCCUUGGCUGGUCCCAGCUAUAGUGUGGAUAGGCUCUCCGUGCCUUACAUACCCCAAGUGACAGAUGAAGACAAGCAUUCCAGAAGGAAAAGUAUUGUGGACACUGUAUCAAUCCAGGUUGACAUCCUCUCUGGUAACAAUCAACCGGACAAGACAAGGUUAGCUGAAGAAAUAACCUUUGACACACUGAAGAAAGCCAUAGAUACCACUGGAAUGGAAGAACAGGAGAAGGAAAAGAGGCGUCAAGUAAUCGAAAAGUUCCAGAAAGCUCCAUUCGAAGAGAUUGCAGCUCAGUGUGAAUCUAAGGCAAACUUGCUGCAAGAUAAAUUGACCCAGAUAUUUGAACUUACUAUCAGGCCUCCACCCAGCCCAUCAGGAAACGUGACUAUCACAGCAGGACAUGCCCAGUGCCAGUCCAUUCCAGUCUAUGAGAUGAAAUUCCCAGAUCUCUGUGUGUAUUAGUUGAAAAUUGCAUGCUUAUGAACACACUGCUCUGUGCAAUUUAAAAGAUCAAAAUAUCUACCAAAAUAAGUAGGCUGAUCAGGUUAUGUUGUAUCUGCUUGUGUAAAAGAAGUUCAUUUUAUUUGUCUGUAAGUUAGAUAUACCACUUUAAAUAUUGAUAAAAAUCAAAUAGUCCUGUCAUUAAGUAUUUUUCAUGUAGAUUAUGGAUGAAGAAUCAUCAGUGAUAGGGCAAGGGACUAUUUUUAAAUAGUAAAACUCCCAAAUGUUUUACACAAGGUACUGUUUUGUUCAAUGAUUUUACCACUGUGUAUUAGGGUAGUUUUGGUUUAAUAAACAUAAUUCUUACAUACAACCUACAAUUUGAAAUGUAUGUUCUGUUUUGCUCAAUUAAUGAGUAAGUAGCGGGGUUCCAAAAUAUAUAUCGUUCAAAGCUCUUUUCAAAAUGUCUGCUCUAGUGCACUGUGGUCUGAGCACUGUCCUCUAAAUCACUACAGGAAGUGCUCUGGCUUGUCUGUUUCUUACCACAUCAUGGAUCGUUAUUGCUGUGUUACUUGUUUGACAAUGUGGGCAAUAAUCCUUACACUAUCAGUGCACUACAGUGGACUUUUUGAAAAGAGCUUUGAAUCAGACUUUAAAGUUAUAAGUGUAAAAAGUUGUCAGGAUGUUAACAAUGAAAAGAAAAAUGACAGGUACAUUAUUUAAACAGUUAUUUAAACAGUACAACACAUGGUGACGUGUAACGUUAUAUUUUUCAGAACCCUGCUAGUUACUCUUUACAUCACCGUGUUUAGGUACAAUUACAAAAAGUAGUUGAUUUACUUAAAGCUGUGAUGUCCCACUUUCACGUCCAGUCCAUACUAAAAUACAAUUAUAUUGUCUGUUUACCACGUUUCCAUCAUUUUGUCUUCUUUACACUCUGCUUUAUCAGAAAGUAGACCUUGUUGCUCAGAGGUGUUUUACUUGUAGGGACACAUAUAAAGUAGUACAUCCUCCCCAUUUGAAAUUUGUUAUAGGAUAUACCUAUGGAGAUUAAACUUUCUACAUGGAUUUUAAAUGACAAAAAAUACUUCUUAAAUAUACAAAUAUAUCAAACCACAUUGGACACUGCAGCUUUAAUUCGGUGGAUUAAGUUACUAGGCUUCUGCAGGAAGAGCAGUUUGACCUUCAUGAAUGAAAUAUGAAGAAUACAUAUUAAACGUUAAUGAGCAGCUUCGUGUAGAAACCAAAAUCUUUUAAACUCUCUUUUACCUGUUUGGGGUACAGUACAAAGUACAAAUUAAUAAUUUUUGAUUUUGUGGAUAAUUGACCUACACCCUGAAAGUAACUAUGCAAAUAAAUAAAACAAAUGAAAAUGUAUGCAUGUUUUAUUAGGACCAGGAGUGGUCCAGUUCAUUAACAACUCUCCCAGUUGCAUAACUCUGUACUGUACACUGCUUUUCAGCUUUCUGUGGGUUAUUAGUGGGAAUGGGAUAUCUUCUGCACUUAAAAUUACUGGUGAAAAAUUGUAAUGGCAAAGCUUUUUAAAAGCAAAUACAUACGCUACAUUGGUAAUGACCAUCUCAUAAUUUCAUGAAAGAUCAUUUAUAUAGCAUGUCAGCAUGUAGAAAAAGAAAUACACCUAAUACAAUAUUUUAGUAAAGUGCAGUAUGUGCUUUAGUACAAUGCUAUAAUUAAUAAUUAUAAUUAAUCUUUAAGCCCUGCCUCAGUGCAUGCUUGUACUGUAUGUGCAGUGUUAUACAGUAAUUGUGACAUUUUAUUUAGUACCUAAAUAGUGCAGUGCUUGUAAAGAUAUAAUGACUUAACUGUUGUGUUUUUUUUUUUGUGUGUGUGUAUUUUUUUCCUCAACAGCUUUGGUAAAACCAUCCAUCAUAAAUAUCUAAAAUGUAAAACAUACUUGUCAAUACCUAAAACUAGUACAAUACAGUAUGUUACACUUACACUGAUUGCAUGCAAUAGGACACUACAGUACAUAUCACAUUUGACCCUGCUUCUACCUGAUGUAUUAAAACAAGGUGUUUGUGUGUUUAUUGUAGGGUGGCAUUGAGCCAGUUAUCCUGCAGUGCUGGAACUCAUUUUAUUCAGUGCUGAAUUUUCUUUCUUAUAUAAUUUUUUUUUUUUAAUAUUAUGUCGCUGGAUACACUUCAUAGACCUCCAUGGGUAUUGGAAAGCCUAGCAGAUGGCAAUCCUGGAUUUAAUGGAAUCUCAACAGGGAGUCGUUCCAAAAAGUGGAACAGAAAGGCAUAAACCACUAGAAUAUAAAACCACAGACAGAGGGAAAAGCUAGUGUUUUAAUACUUUCCCCUAGAAUAGAUUAUGCAUUUUAUUAUGACAUUGUGUUCUAUUUAAUUAUGCUUAUCAAGGUACAGAAAAUGUAAUUAUGUUUUCUGUUUUAAUAUGGAGACAUGCUGAGUUGGGGUGGCAACUAAAUGAAUAAUACAUUUACAAAUUAUAAGGAGCAGACAUCUGUGCAUUGAUUUUAUGUAAUUCGUUUCCUGUUUAUGUUAGAUUUAUCACAGAUUUUUGGCAAUCAAGCAAAAUACCCCUGAUCGAUUUUAAUCUAUUCUUAACUAAAGCAGGUGUGCCUUUUUUAACCUUUUCCUGAAACAUAAGAUCACUUAAUUCUAUAAUUUUAGACUGUCAAUAAAUACACUUAAACAGUUCAACAUAUUUUAAAUCUCAUGUAAUCAGGGUCUGUAAAAGUUAAACGGGUAACAAAUUACAUUUUUGGCAAAUUAUGACAAUGUACCCCUUGUUUGGCAAAAAAAAAUAGCAGUUACUGAUGGAAGAGAAAGCUGCUCUAACGGGAAGUACUGUACCUUCUUCAAGUCAAGAAAAUAUAUUAGAUAUAAAGUUAAACUGCACGAGGGGGGUGGGCAGUGAGAAGGGUACUGAAGCUAAUGGUAUUUUAACAUCUUAAGAAUAAAGACCUAAAGUCAUUGUUCUACUGUAUUGCAGGCAACUAGUCAGUAGCUUCUUUUUGUGUCUACAUUAUUCUCCUCUACCAGCAAUGGUCUCCCAUUUAUCUUCUGAAAUGAAAAAUGCACCAAAGCAAUGAAUGAUUUAAACUAGAUAAAUGGUGUAUUAGAUACCAACAAUAUCUGGUGUAAUUGUACUUGCAUUUAUAACCAUUGUGGAUGCCUGUGCAGUGCAGUAUAGCAUUCAUAAUAACAUUGGUUGUUCGUAGCUUAUUGAUCCCAGAAUCUCAUCAAGCAGCUUCUUGAAGGAUCCCAGCAUGUCAGCUUCAACAACAUUACUGGGGAGUUGGUUCCAGACUCCCACAUAUACUGUCAGUAAAUGCUGUUGGCCAAUUAUAAUUUAAGAAUAUAAUUUUAUUUGCACACAUUAGUACCAAUAGACCUGAUACAGUGACCCUGAUGUUGUGUAAUUCAUUGUAGGACAAGUAGAUACAUUUUGUUUGGUCUGGUUUGAUUAAUCACUAUAAUGUAAUGUAUACUGUAAGGGUACAAUUAAGGGCUGAGACCAAAGGCAAAAACGAUGCAAAAUCAGUGAUGCUGUGUGCAAUUUGUAGAGAUUAAAUGAAUGUCUGCUCUU